AUGUUUUUUUUUGUGUCUUCAAAUUGUAAAUACAAUCUGUUUUGUGUAGAAUAUUAUUUUUCUGAUAAAAUGCUGUUUAUACAGAACAAAAUUUUACACUAUAUGGUAAUUAUUGUUUACAAGCAAAACUUAUAUAACUUUAACAAUAAAAUGGAGAAUAUGGGGAUCGAACCCAUGACCUCUUCCUUGCUAAGGAAGCGCUCUGCCACUGAGCUAAUUCCCCUUAAAGAACAUAAAAAUUAUGUAUCGCUUAUACACAUUUAG